UAAAAUUGCCAAUAGGUGGCUCAGUAAUAAAUGGCGACCGACAGUAAUUCAAACUAUUUACUGAUGGAAGGUGCUUCUUCUAAUGCUCCAGCUGAAAAAGUACGAUACAGAUUUUCACCUGAAGAAUACAGAGCCAUACAAGAAUGCAACAGAGAGAGUUUCUAUUAUAGAAGUUUACCUCUUGCUGCAACAGCUAUGUUUGCAGUUCAAUUAGCAGUUAAACAAGGCAUAUUGUCUUCUCAUCCAAGAUGGGGUUCAACAUUUAAAUUAAUGGGUGCAGGUUUUGUGGGUUGGUUUUUAGGAAAAUUAUCUUACAGAGAAAAAUGUGCUGAAAAGUUAAUGCAGUUACCAAAUAGUCAAAUAGGAGAAUCUUUGCGUCGACGAAAGCUUGGAGAAGAAUCAUUUACAACACAAUUGCAAGAAUAUAAAGUUUCAGAUGAUGUUAAAGAUCAACAGUCAUCAUUAGAUUUUCAAAGUCCUAAAUCUAUAGAUUUAUAUCCAAAUAAAGCUACUCCACCUUCUGGAUUAGAUAGUACUUACCAACCAUCAGUUGACGAUGUAACAAAGCCAUUGCCAUCUGAAGAAAGCCAACCUUCACGAACAUUCACAUCAUAUGAAGAAUUAAGAAAGAAAAAUAGAGAAUCAGUACAAACUCCUGGAACCAGUUACUCAAGUUAUAAAACACAACCUUCAACACAAUCAGUUUGGGAACAUUCUUCAGAAACAUCUAGGCAAUCUAAACAAACAACACCCAGUAAAAGUUCUGGAGGUACAACAAAUCCUUAUGGAGAUGUCUGGGAUGAUUAAUAUAGUACUUACUUAGAAUGCUUAUAAGAUGGUAUUUUUUACAAUAUAAAAUUUAGGAUUAAAAUUUUCUGUAUAUAGAGAAAAAGAAUUAUUAGAUUUCUUCAGUUCUUUUUUUAUAUAAUAAAAAUAAAAGCAAAAAGGAAUGUUCUAUAAAAGAUAAAUUUGUUAUAAUAUUGACCAAUAUUGCUUAUAAGAUAGUAAAAUAAAUUGUUGAACUUACAUUAAUGUAAUAGUUUAUUUUGAGAUUUAAUUUUAAAAGAAAAAAUAAUAAAGAAGAUAAAUGGAAUUUU